UGCGAGCCGCGGCGAAUCUAUCGGAUUUAGUUAAUGUCCAGCGCUCCGUGGACUCGGAUGUUGCAUCGGCUGCGACUAGCCAUGACAGACGAGCUCGCCUGACUGCACAAAACAGCGCAAACGCUUCUAUUCCUUUCUGCGACGUUUUCUUUUUUUUUUAUAAACCGCACAAAAAGAAACCAUCGAAGCUGUUAACGUACAUCGAGUAACCUGUAGCCCAACGACUGAUCGAUAAUACACAACAGAGAGAAAGCGAGAGAGUGAAAGAGGCUCUUCGAUUAUUUUUUUAAUGAAUUUUUUUGCUCGAGAUUUGAUUGCCUUUUGAUAUAUGCCGGUGAUUAAUCGCGAAAAAGCUAGGUACGCGCGUGGCUCAACGAUACAUCGACGUAGUUCUGUGACCGGCACAGAACAGUCGCGAGAUCCACGUGGACUUGACCGUACGUUUUUGCGUCUCGCAUACCCGAAUUGGAACUAGUCGCGGAUUCUCGAUCGUGACUGAAAUUCGGUGAAAAUUGGUGAAAACACGCUAACGUAAUUUUAUGUGACACGCUGAAGACCUAAUCUCGAGAGACAAGUGUCUCUCUUCUUCAUCGAUCGGCGGAUCCACGAGGUCAUCGCGUUUCAUCGUUCAGAGAGCAAACUCGAUGAGAGACAGGAGGGCACUUGAGAAAAUAGUUGCGAAGUAAAUACAGGAAGAUCGAGCGAGUGAAGGUGAAGUGAAUCGGGGAAGUUAAAGGAUAGGAACUCGAGGAAGUGAAGUAGAAGAAUCGAUUUGGACAAAUUGGUAGAACGUUCGUUGAAUUAUGGAACAAGAACAGGAUACAAAAAUGAAAAGCUCGGCGGACUAUGUAAAGGCCAUUGAGAGCGGCGCUCAACCGUCUCAGGUUAUUGAAACGACGGUGUACAAACGACGAUGGGCGAUUCUAAUGAUCUUCGUGCUGUACAGCGCCAGCAACGCGAUGCAGUGGAUCCAAUACAGCAUCAUCGCGAACAUCAUAAUGGUCUAUUACAACGUGUCCAGUUUUUCAGUUGACAUGACUAGCAUGAUCUACAUGAUAACUUACAUUCCGUUCAUCUUUCCAGCGAGCUAUCUGCUCGACAGAUUCGGGCUCAGGUUCGCAGCUUUGGCCGGAGCAAUCGGAACCACGCUCGGUUCCUGGAUAAAAGUGUUCAGCGUGAGUCCAGAUCGGUUCUGGAUUACUUUCGCCGGUCAAACAUUCGUCGCUGUGAGUCAAGCGUUCGUGCUGUCGGUGCCAGCACGUUUGGCGGCUGUUUGGUUCGGCCCGGACCAGGUCAGCAGCGCGUGCAGCAUCGGCGUUUUUGGAAAUCAGUUGGGCAUAGCAAUCGGUUUUCUCUUUCCACCGAUGCUGGUGCAAAACAGCGAAGAUCCCAACGUAAUUGGCCGAGGACUGCACGUGAUGUUCUAUAUCGUCGCUGCUUUUACCACUACUAUUCUGGUUCUUAUACUUCUAUUUUUCAAGUCUGAACCACCGAUUCCUCCGAGUCCAGCGCAAGCUGUACAAAGGGAGGCUGAAUCCACGGGAAGCUUCUUCGUCUCUGUGAGGAAACUAGUGACAAACACGGGUUACUUGUUAUUGUUGCUCAGCUACGGCAUCAACGUGGGUGUGUUUUACGCUAUCAGCACGCUCCUCAAUCACAUAGUUCUUCAAUACUUCCCUAAUCAUGAACAAGACGCUGGAAGAAUCGGCUUGACCAUCGUGUGCGCCGGUAUGUUGGGCUCUGUGGUGUGUGGCAUUGUACUCGAUAAAACGCACAAAUUUAAAGAGACAACAUUGGGCGUGUAUCUUCUCUCAUUCUUUGGCAUGAUCAUAUUCACGUUCACGAUAGACACCAGUGAAAUAUAUAUUAUUUACAUAACAGCUGGAAUGCUAGGAUUCUUCAUGACCGGUUACCUUCCCGUGGGAUUCGAGUUCGCUGCAGAGUUAACAUACCCAGAACCGGAGGGAACCUCCACUGGUUUAUUAAACGCAGUGUGUCAAAUAUUCGGUAUUGUCUUCACGAUUUUCUACGGUUAUUGCCUGAACGAGUGGGGCGACUUCUGGGCGAACAUCUUUCUUUGUGGCACGUUGGCCCUCGGCACGUUCCUCACCAUCAUCAUUCCCAACGAUCUUCGAAGGCAGAAGGCCAAGUUUUAAGCGUUGAUCUUUCGUGGUCGAAGGUUAAUUGACAGAAAGCCGGAGGAACGAUUGACUAGUCUUCUUUGUGAUCGAUGAUAUUGCGAAAGUAUAGCUUCCGCGUCAAUGGAUGAUUAUUUUUAAAGCGGAUGAGACAGAUGAAUUAUCAAAGGCUGAUCAGAAAUGGUUGAUUCUGUUAAAAUAUUAGAUAAGAUAGGUCCUCACAGCUCACGUUUCUUAUUGUUAUUAUUAUUAUUAUUAUUAUUUCUUUCUUCUACAUGCACGGUAUUUCUUUAAUUUACAAGUUGCAAGUAACUUCACUAGAAUGUUUAAAAAGACUUCAGACGUACAAGACGACAGGAUACUGAUGUAUCUCCAAAUCUUAAUGAUAUAGAUCACCAUUAAGAAGAAACACAUAUGUCCAAAUAUCAUUUUAAGCAAACAUACGAGGUAGAAGAGGAUUAAAGUAAUAACAACGGUAGUCUACAUAAGUAAACAAUAACGUUGGGCAUGGUUCAUGAUCUGAAAUCGUACUGAAAUAUUUCACGUAGCCUGGUAGCUGAAGAGAUCGGAAUAGAUUUACGAAUGAGAUUAAUCGUGAUAUCGUCGACUAUUCGAGCUUAGAGAAUCAAUGGCCUAUGCUCAGACAUAGUUUCUUUUCUCAUGUUUCUUCUUCUUUGUACUGUGGCGACUCUUCAGUAUCGUGGGGUGAGCCUAUUGCGUGUAGGUAACGUGUGGAAUUCCUCUGUUGCGUCUUAAGCGAAGGAAAAUCGAAUGUAGAGCAAGCUACAGAGCCAGUUUUCACGUAGUUUUAAGGGUCAGACACUCUCAUCUCGUUAUUCGUGUUGUUUGAUGAUUCCAAAAACGAGUUUCGCCGAAGAUCCUUUCUUUUCUUUUUUUACUUGUAGUGCCAUCAGUAUUAAUGCCAUUCAGUGUUUUCUAUGGCUCUGAUGAAUGUAAACUGUUGGCCAUAAGUAUUAUUGUUGUAAAAGUAUAACAAAUUUUAUUUUAUUUGAUACUGUACAUUAUGCGAUGCGAAAGAAAUAAGACUAAUAUAGGGGAGUAACAAGAAAAUAGAAGCAACGAAUUUGCACUAAAUAUUAGAAAGUAUCAUAAUACUUAUGGCAGACAAUGUAUAACUUGAGUUAACUUUCGCGCUCUGAGACCUUAAACGAUACGAAUUACGACGAGAGAAUUUAGCGUUAUUACGAUUGCCGUUCCGAACGAAAGCUAGUAUUCGCUGAAAUAGCGAUGAGUCGUUGAAGAUAGUAUUUUCGUGGAAAUCGAGGAGGAACGGAAAGGAUAGUAUCGAUAAUAAUGAUACUUGUAGCGAAUAGAUCAUUCCAGAAAUAUUAUCGAGAUGCUGUGCAUCCGAGCGAUGAGUAAAAUCUACUUAUUCUUGUUACUCGUGUAAAUGUUUUAAUCGAAUAAGUAGAGUAGAUCUCUAAAUAUUGAUCUUUGUGGCGUACAAAUCUAUCAAAUUAUAUUUCCUCGAUCGACGUAACUUGCGCAGAGUGUACCGUACAGGAUCUUAAUAAGCGUUCGCGAAGCUGUUUGAUCUUCAGUAAUCAUACUUAGGUUGCUCAUUCGCGAUAAAACCGAAGCAAUGCGGAAGAUAUCGAUGGAAGCAGUAUUUUUGAAACGCAAAUGAGAUAACGAAUGUUACAUAGUUGUGGAAAAAGUCUUUCAAAAUUUGCAAAUUUGCCUUUUAAAAAUUACUGUACUCGUAUUUAGAAAUUUACUGUAAAUGAUUCUAUCAAUUUAGUUCUAUAGUUGAAUCGAGUGGAAGAUGAAAUGACAUGGAAGAUGAUUUUAAUAGAAUCGAGCGGUUUUUACGGUCUAUCCGGUUUAAUAAGAAUUUUCGAUAAUUCAAUGACCCAGAAACGGCGCGAAAUAUGCGACCCAUCGAAGGAGCAGAUCGCUCCACUAGCACAGAAACUCGAUUUACAAGGUGGUCGCCUCAAGCCCCGAUUAAGCUUGCCUGAAAUUAUCGAGGAAAAAUUAAUUAUCGCGCGAAGGUCGAUUUGGACAAGCUAACAGAUACCUGAAAAUCAAUUUUUCUCCUAGUUGAAAGUGGUUUAUAGGGAGCGUUGAAACGUCGUUAGACUUCGGAUUCUAUUUUAGAUUACAGAGAAUCGAUGUUAUCAUUAUUAUAUAGAGCUAGAUCUAGAAUAAAGCAUUUCGCCCGUUUCGAAUAUUUCCUCUAACAAAACAAACGACAAUAAUCGUAGCUACGCGUACAAAACGAGUAUUAAGAGAAACAUUGUGAAACACUGUAGUGGUAAUUGUCGUAGAUCACCGAUGUGUGUACUAAUUGUGUACUAUUUUUUAUAGGAUAUUAUCGUGUGUCCUAAAGUCGCGGGGCCAGUCGCGUAGAAACGAAAAAGAUUGACAAUAAACCUAUCAGUAAGAGAAACAAGGAUUUCAGAUCGAUAGAGAUAUAGCUUUCUUCUAUUUUUGUAACAUUCCGAACGCAGAGAAACAUUCAAAGUAAAAUUGCACACCGUUUACUUUCGCUUGUGUUCUUAGAUUUUUUACAUUAAAAAGAAAGAAAAAAGAAAAAACAGGAAGAACCACUUGUUCUACUUUCUUCACUUGCAAAGAUGCAUUAAACGCGAUGAAAAAUCUCUCAAGGAACAAAAGUUCCCGGAGAUGUUUGUCAAUUAAUUGUCACGAAUUUUUCAAAGAAUCGAAAUCACAAAACGAAUGGACAAUUCGAAGAUUUACAGAUAUAGAGGCACACGUGUACGGAUAUAUGUGUAUAUUUUGUCAAAUCGAUGUGUAUAUUUCACGUGUGUAUUUUAUUCGAAGUCGUGUACGUCUCUGUGCAAAGCUGUUUCAAACAUAUCUUUUAUAGAACGAUAUUAUUGAACAAUAUUAACGCGUUGACUGCCACGUGUUUUUGUACAAACGAAUUUUGUACACCGGAAACCUCAACAGGUCACAAAAUACUGCACAGCAACAUUUGAUUCUUAUAACCUAUUAUAUUAUAUUUGCGCGCUUUUUCUCUGACAAUAUUACAUAAGUCACUCACAUUGGAAAUUUCUCAGUCAUAAUCUAUUUAUUUGAACCAUUUUAAAAAAUUUGAUGACAUGGAUCACCGAUGACCAUCGUAGCAGUUAACGUGUUUAAGAUUGUUACGAUAGUUACCAUAUCUCGAUGUAAUUUAAAGACAAUAUUAAAUGUUAACACGUGUCGAGUUUGUUAAAUAGUCUGCUAAACAGAUGUACCGAUAAUCGAUAAUGAGGAGUUUCGAAUGGUUUUUAGUAGCGCCAGCUUUUUUUAAUUGAGAUAGGUUAUUCGUGAAUACGCGCUUUUAUUUGUGUAGAGAAAUAGAAAUGUAGAAAUCGGAAGCUUGCUGCCGAAGAAAUAUGUAAAAUGCGUGGAAGGUUUUAUUACGAUCUCGUUUAACUAAUUUUGCUGCAUCAGCAACGACUAACUUUUUUAUUGAAACGAAAACUAUACAACGUACGUACUUUCGUAUAUCCGAGUGGAUGUUUUAUUAACUGAUUAACGUCGAAACGGUAAAAUAACGCAUAAAGGUUACGUAAAUGCAACAUCAUUGAAAAACGUGUAUUAUUUACGCGUUACUUUGCCAAGGUAGGAAAAACUGUUAAAGUAUCAGAUACUUUACAAAGUCACUAUUCGAGUUACAAAAUUUCCAUGAUUAAAGAAAAAUGUGAAGCUAUCGAAAAGCUACCAUCUCACUAAUUUCGGCGAGCUUGAAAUAUGUUAUCAAGGUCAUCGUUUUGAACAACUUUUCCCUAUACAUAUAACAGGUGUUCUGUUCCAGUUUUCGAGUUAUACACAAAAGCUCCUUUGAUAUUAUAUAUAUACUUUACUUCUAUAUUUUAUACAAAAUUGUACAUUAACAUUACAAAGUACAUUAAGAUUGUACAUUAGACAUUGUAAUUGAAGAGUGCUUGUUGAAACGCUGAAAGUAAACUUACGCACAAAUGUAGUCCAAAUUCAUGAAACAGAACAAGUGUGUUUGUAGAAAAGCACGUACGUGCCACCUCUUAGUUGUAGAUAAAACUCAAUGUUCCAUUCGUUUAAGUAGAUGGCAUGUACAAAAGCCAUAAAUCACUUAACUAACGUCUAUUGGCGCUUAUAUUUUUUUCCAUAGAGGCAAUGUUUUAACACCAUUUUCUAACGUUAUUGUUAACUACUUAGAAAGGAUAAUUGCACUUAGCUACUAUACUGUAGUAUUCUCAGUUGGUACAUUUUGAUUGGAAUAUUUUUCAAUAAAAAUCGAAAUUUUCUUUUGCCAUUCAAUUUUACCACUUAUAAUGUUGUGUACAAACACUCUUCGAUUAUUGCGUGCAUAUAGAUGUGCGUUUCCAAAUUAAAACUUUGUCAAUGUAGUUGCAUCGUUAUCGGUAAGUGCCUCUCAUGGUAACCGAGUACGCUUGUAACAAAUAGAAUUUGACAAAAUUUCUAAUGGAAUGCACAUCGUACUUAUUCGUAACUUGGAAUUUUCUCUUCUUUUUAACGUCACUGAAUUUUAAUCGCUGAUUUAUAUCACCACCGUCACUUAAAUAACCUAACGCUACUUAUUUGGAAUUCAAUGACUGGAGCUUUUACUAUUUUUGCCAUUGUUUAUACGUUACUAUGGAGAUAAAAAAUGCGACGUUAAAAUUCACGAGGAGAUAACAGAUUCGACAGCUUCACAAGAUAUAUAUGAUACGAAAUAUGCCUUUGUGUAUAACUUGAAAAUUAAAAUAAAGUACCCAUUAUAUGUACAGGCAAAAGUUGUUUAGAACGUACCUUUUCGAUAGGUUGACCAAAACAAAAUAAUUUAUCAUUAAUCAAUUUGUUCAAUCUUUACAAAAUCCUAGACUCUAAAUGCAAAAAAAGGAAUGAAUCAAACCUUCAGAUUUUCUCUUCUGGGUUGCAAUGUUAAAAGGAUUCGAUAAUAUAAAUUAACCAAGAGAGUGGUAAGAGUCGUGUUGCGUUAACGUAACAUUAGUCGAUAAUGAGUUAAGCAAGUUAACAGUCACUGAAUGACUGACUGGUUCGUAUUAUUCUUUCCUUGCUCUCUUUUUCUCGAGAUAUACUUCUAUUUACCUCCUAAGAAUCGAUUGAUGAAUUUUUGUCGUAUUAAAUCCUCAGACGAGAAAAAGAGAAUAAAGCAAAAAUAAAUCGAGUUUGGAAUAUGAUUCGUCCUUGAUUGACCGACCAACGAUAUUAUAGUCUUCCGUUCUUUUUUUUAAUUUCGCAUCUUCGAACGUCGUAUUUAUUAUUCGUUGGCCGCUCAUUUUGUAAUUAAAUUUUAAGCUCGCAACGCGUUUCCAUUUGUUUCCUCCUCCCACGAGCGUAUUAAUUUUUAUGCGAAAUCGUCUUGCGCGUUCUCCUUAAAUAGCAGGAAACGCGCACGACAAAAGUCAAAUAAAAGUCUCUGUGAUUGUUGACAAUAUCCGCUAUUUGAUUAUCUUUUGAAUAUGUAGAGCGAUAAGAUGCUUCGAAGAUUUAAAGCUUUAAGAUUAAUCUGUAUGUUAUUGUUACCGUGUAGUCCCGUUACAAACAAAUCGAGAAAUAAAUAUAUUGAGAAAUAUUUACGAUA